GAGCUUUAAGGAUCCGAAGUUGGGACGCAGAUGAACAUUCUUACGGCCCCAAUAAGGACCCUGGGUGUUUCCUAUGCAAUCACAAACUAGACUGUAAGAGCGAAUGCCUGGAGAUGAUGAAAAACAGUACCGAAACCACCGUAGCGAGUGUUCCAAAACCGAACAGUGAAACUGGAUGUCAGGAGAAACCCCUUGAGUGUUGUGCAAUGGCUGGUCCGCAGUCAAGCCCGCUUCCCCCGUCACCUGGGCCAGCACUGCACCCUGUGAAGAUCUCCCACCCCUCUUUCAUUGGUGACGCGGGUUACGAACAGAGAGGCCACUGUUCUGAUGGCCGUGCUCGCAAAGCUGAACCGGGGGGGAAGUGAUCCUCCAGACAGUUCCAUCUGCACGCCUAGGGAGCCACAGUGACCAAGUGAAAUUCGUAGAGAGGCGACCCUAACGAGAGAGGCCGAAUCCCCUAGAUCCCGGGGAGGGGCACCGGGACCGGGGCGGCGGAAAGACAGCUUGGCGCCGCCUCGCCUUCCUCCGCGCGGCUCCAGUCCGGGUCUUGGAGCCGGCCCUCGCGGGGAAUGUCCGGGGCUCGGGUCGGUACCUUUUUGGCCCUGGGAAUUUCCAGAGUGCGGAAAAAGUCCACAAACUUAGUCCUCGCUGUCCCCUUCGCCUCCUCAGGCCCUUCUCGGUGCCCACGCAGCCCCCGAUCGAACCCGAGCAUGAGCAUAGCGUGUAUUUUAGGCGUGCUGGGCUUCCCCGCCCCCUCUGCCCACUUAGCUGGCGAGGAGAGAGCCGGCAGCGCUAUAAAGGCGGCCGCGGCCGAGGGCUGGCUCCUCCUGCCACGAGCUCUAACUGCGCCUUAUCAUGUAACCUCAAAAGGAAGCCGAUCAGCUUCUUCCGAGGCUCUCACGUACUGGGGCAUCAUCGCUGCUUACAGCUGGAAACGGCUGGUUGGCUUUUAUGUAGUUGUGUGACUUGACUCUUCAGACACAAAGCUUACUAAGAAGACUCUGAGGCCCAUGCUGAACUUCACCUUUUGAUCUCCUUGGCCUGAUGCUGCACUCCUGAGGUUGAGCCCCAUAUGGGGGUUGGCAGGCAGCAGAGAGGACCUUUUCAGGGCGUUCGUGUGAAGAACUCGGUGAAGGAGCUCCUGCUGCAUAUCCGGAGCCACAAACAGAAGACUGCUGGCCCGUCCGUGGAUGAGUUGAAGACACAGAGUGUGAACAUUGAGCAGCUCACAGAAUUGAAGAGCACAGUAUCCACUGUGGGGAAAAGGAAGGAGACUGAUACUCUGUCUGAUGGACCAGUUUGCAAAAGGCCAGCUCCGUUGUCUACUCACUUCGUGACAUCACCUCAAACACCGGCGCCUGGGGAGAGCAUGGAAGAUGUUCGUCGCAAUGAAUCCAAACUGGAUAGCGGUACUGAUCUGCUUCAGAGCAUUAUAAACAUCAAGAACGAGUGCAGCCCCGUUUCACUAAACACUGUCCAGGUUAGCUGGAUGAGCCCUGUGAUACCCCAGAACUCCCCGAGAGACCAGUGCCAGGAUUUCCAUGGAGGGCAGGUCUUCUCUCCACCUCAGAAAUACCAAUCAUUCCAAGUCAGCGGCUCUCCACAAAUGAUGGACCAGGCUUCUAUGUACCAGUAUUCGCCACAAACCCAGAACAUGCAGCCGCAGCCGCUACCAGCGCCGCCACAGCAGCAGCCGCCGCCGCCGCAACAGAACUAUCCACACAACCCACACAACCCGGCCCUGCAGUUCAGCUCUUAUUCCACAACAUCCCAGUCUCCCAAGUAUGACUCAAACCUCUUUGAUAAUCAGGACUCACCGUUCUGCACGAGCCAGAGUUUUGUGUCUCUUCUGAGCGGCCACGGGGAAUCAGAAAAUAUUGCUGUUCCCCUUCAGCCUUCCCCCAGCGUCCCACAACAAAAUGAGACUCACCUGCAGAACUUCAGCCUGGUGCCCAACAGUGCCUGCGAGGCCAUCGGGGUGCAUGAAGCUGCCUCGCCCUCGUUAGGUGGUUCCCUGUCUCUCCAGAAUAUCAUGGGAAGCCAGAUGAACACCACCCAGCUAGGGAAGUCGUUUUUUCAGUGGCAGGUAGAGCAGGAAGAAAGCAAAUUGGCGAAUAUUUCUCAAGACCAGUUCCUCUUUAAGGAUUCAGAUGGUGACACGUUUCUCCACAUCGCGGUCGCCCAGGGAAGGCGAGCACUCUCCUAUGUUCUUGCCAGAAAGAUGAACGCACUUCACAUGCUGGAUGUUAAAGAACACAACGGACAGAGUGCCUUUCAGGUGGCCGUCGCUGCCAAUCAGCACCUCAUAGUGCAAGAUCUGGUGAACCUUGGUGCCCAGGUGAACACCACAGACUGCUGGGGAAGAACACCUUUGCACGUCUGUGCGGAGAAGGGCCACUCCCAGGUGCUCCAGGCAAUCCAGAAGGGAGCAUUGAGGAGCAAUCAGUUUGUGGAUCUUGAGGCAACUAACUAUGAUGGCCUGACUCCCCUCCACUGUGCGGUCGUGGCUCACAACGCUGUGGUGCAUGAGCUGCAGAGGAACCAACAGCCCCAUUCUCCUGAGGUGCAGGAUCUUUUACUGAAGAAUAAGUGUCUGGUUGACACCAUCAAGUGUCUGAUUCAGAUGGGAGCGGCCGUGGAGGCGAAGGAUCGUAAAAGUGGCCGCACAGCCCUGCAUCUGGCGGCAGAAGAAGCGAACCUGGAGCUCAUUCGCCUCUUUCUGGAGUUGCCCAGUUGCCUGUCUUUUGUGAAUGCAAAGGCUUACAAUGGAAACACCGCCCUCCACGUUGCUGCCAGCCUGCAGUAUCGGGUGACACAGUUGGAUGCCGUCCGCCUGUUGAUGAGGAAGGGAGCGGACCCGAGUACUCGGAACUUGGAGAAUGAGCAGCCGGUGCAUUUGGUCCCUGAUGGCCCCGUGGGAGAACAGAUCCGACGUAUCCUGAAGGGGAAGUCCAUUCAGCAGCGCGCACCACCGUACUAGUUCCCUUGGCACGGAGCCUGGCCAGCAACACUCACUGUCAGUUAGGCAGUCCUGAUGUAUCUGUACAUAGACCAUUUGCCCUGUAUUGGCAAAUGUAAGUUGUUUCUAUGAAACAAACACAUUUAGUUCACUAUUAUAUAGUGGAUUAUUAUAUUAAAAGAAAAGAAGACAAAUAUUUAAUUUUCUUGGCAGAUUUGCGUAUUUCAUACCCAGGUAUCUGGGAUUUAUACAUCUGAAUUUGAUCUGAAUGGUAAAAUUGCCUUCAAUAAACAGGAGGCUUGGGAUAGGAAAAGACUCAUGGGAAAAGACUUGAUUUGUGGCAUAAAGCAUUGCUCUUGUGGCUGUUGCCAGUUUCAAAUUAGGCGGACUGGAAACAUGAAAAGAAAAAUGAAAGCGUUUGAGAGGGGACAAAUAAUUUGGAUGUACUGUUGAUGCUUCUUUGAUCCGAUGCAGGAUCUGGUGGUUAAAUACUCUCACUCUUGCACUAGAUGAGAGAGGCCUCUGUGGUUAGGAUGUGAUCUCUGAAGCUGUAUAUAAUUGUUAUUUUUACCUUUAAAAUGUACAUAUUUGAUGGUUAACCUGGCCGUUUGAAAUGUGUAAAUCAAUAAAGUAGAAAAGAGCUAGUGAGUUGUUGCCACUUUUAAAAUUAGGCACACUCAAAGCAACUUUCACUGUGUGAUCCUCCAGCUACAGUUUUCACAGAUAAAGCGCGUGGAGAGUGGGUCCCAAAGUUGCUAUGUUUGGUUCGCGAGUGGGCUUCUCAUGCAUUGGAAGGAGACGCAUUUGUACAUUAUUGCGUGUGCUUGAAGAGACCCCUCUUAUGAGUCACCGCUUAGAAUUUGUGAUUUACAUAAGUUGUUGAAGUUUUGUUUGUCCUUUAAUAGAAAUUAUAAAAAUUCAACAUUGAAGCAUAACUUCUUGUUUCCUGUUGCCAAAUAGUAAUAAUGUGCUGUGAUGUUUAUACUAUUCAUAAAAGCGUUUUACUUUUUAGUAAUGUUAAUUCUUUCAACAUUAUUUUGCUUAUGUUUGAUAUACCUGGGAAGAAUAUAUUUAGCUUUGAUUGUACACUGAUUCUUUAUGAUAAAUAGGACCCAUUAAAAUGAUGUCUUUUAAUUGACUAACUUAUCUUUGUAGCUGAGUACUCAUGUUCUUUUUUAAAAAGAUGCCCUUUGAAUUGGAUUGUUCAUAUUGUUUGAUUCAGCAUAUCUUAUAGAUAGAAGUUUGAUACAGUUACUUGGCACCUCUAAGGUGGAAUGAACUCAAGUCACUCACUGACAAAACUCAUGCAUAGUUUUAAUAUUAAUUGAACAUUAAUAAACUCAUGUUGUCUUAUAA